CUUGCAUAUAUGGUGUUUACGAAUAGCUUUAUAUUUACCUCUAGUUCGGAUCUUGUGUCCAGUUUGAAUUACGAUUUGUUUAUGGUGUGAGUUGAGGGUUGGUUUUUUUUAGUUUUUCCCACGUGCACAUCCACCUGUCUUCCAUGUUGCAGAGCACCAGCCCCUUGUCAUCCUUGUGGACCAAGUGAUUAUAAAUGGGAAGGCUUAUUUCCGGACUCACAGUCUUAACCCCAAAGACUCGGAAUCGACAUGUUUGUCUGGCACGAUUCUGAGCAGGAACUCUUUUACGCGUCGGUGACUGUGAUGUUGGCGGUAUUCUUACCCCGGCUUCGCAGAAGUCGUUGCGAUAAGAAAUGACACGCCCAAGGCCGUCUUACUAGUGCGUGGCAAAGUCAGGACUUGAACUUGGGCUGACACAGGGUUUGCACCUGCCGAAGCCGACUGUGCGACCGCGCACCCGUGCUGGGGGGGGGUCCCCGCCCCUCGGGAGAUGCUUUAGGAGGAGGGCCGAGAUCGACUUCUCUCCCGCGGGAGUCCGCCCGGGACCUGGGCACUCUCGCGGGAAGACGCGUUGUUACCCCGGUAACCGCAUCGCGAUCCGGAAAGAUGGCGGGACAAGGUGCCGGUGCCCGGGAGAGUUCUCCCGGCCAGCCCCUGGGCUGCGGACGGGCGGCACGCCGGACCCCCUGGAACUUGAGCUCCCCGCACACCGCUCUGCAGAGACGUGGCGCCGCAGGGCCCCGGACGCGCGCGCAGCCGUCCCCGGACCUCCUCGCCCGGGAGCAGGCGUACCAGCGUUUAAAUGCAGAAUUGGAAGCAAAAACAGCCAACCUGGUUCGACAAGCUGAGGAUGUAAUAAGAGAGCAACAAGAAGAGCGAUCUAGGCCUUGUCCAGCACAAAUCAAAUCAUUGGAAGAGGAAGGUGAUUACUGUACAAGAGAUCUGUUAUCUGAAGGGAUGACUCUUUCACAAUCAGAAACUAAGCUAAAGACCAAAACCAGUCGUCCUGUGAGCAAGGUUGAAAACAAACAUCAGUCUGCAGAUAAAGGAAGGAAAACGAAUUCAAGCAUUAAACUGAAAUACCCCGAAGUACAGAUGGCCAGUGAUGUAGCCAUUCCAGAUGAUUUCUCAGACUUUUCUCUCACAAAGACAAUUAGCAAAAUUGAAGGGCAGCUGGAGGAGAACGGGCUACCAGAGUACAUAGACGAUGACAUUUUCUCUGGCGUUAGUAAAGAUAUCGGAACAGAGGCACAGAUCAGAUUUCUAAAGGCCAAACUCCACGUGAUGCAGGAGGAACUGGAUAAUGUUGUGUGCGAAUGCAGUAAGAAGGAAGAUGAAAUUCAGGAUUUAAAGUCUCAAGUGAAAAAUUUUGAAGAAGAUUGUGCGCGACAACAGCGAACAAUUACAAUGCAACAGUCCCAACUAGAAAAAUAUAAGAAUCUUUUUGAAGAAGCAAACAAGAAAUGCGACAGACUGCAGCAGCAGUUGUCGACAGUAGAAAGGGAAUUAGAAAAUAAACAAAGACUACAAAAGCAGGCUGCCACAAAUCAGAGUGCCAUAGAGGUCCGCUUGAACCGCGCUCUGGAGGAAGUGGAGAAGCAUAAAACCGAGCUGAGCAAGCUGCGGCAAAACAACAAGGAUGUAGCAAAUGAAGAACAUCAAAAAAUUGAAGCGUUAAAAACAGAAAACAGGAAGCUAGAAAAGCAAAAGGGAGAAUUAAUGAUUGGUUUCAAGAAGCAAUUAAAACUAAUUGAUGUUUUAAAAAGGCAAAAGAUGCAUAUUGAAGCUGCCAGGAUGCUGUCUUUCAGUGAAGAGGAAUUUAUGAAGGCACUUGAAUGGGGCAAAUCAUAAGUGAUCUAUUUCAGUUUUAUGAUAGUAUGUGGUCAUUUGUUUAACACGAAUAGUUACAAUGGUUCAAGUUAUUCUUUUUUUUUUUUUUUUUUGGUCAUUUUUAGACAGGAUCUCCCUGUAGCCCCAGAUGUCCUGGAACUCACUAUGUAGACCAGGCUGGACUUGAACUCACAGAGAUCUGCCUGCCUCUGCCUCCAGAGUGCUGGAAUUAAAGGCAUGUGCCACCACACCCGGCUUCAGGUUAUUCUUUACUGUCCAUAAGUAAUGAAAAAAUUUGUGAAAUAAAAUGUUCAAAUAAUACCCUGUUUAAAUGACCAGGAUGUUUGGAAGAACAUUCUACAGCAAAGCCAGACUGCAAAACUGGUUUUAUAUACAUAAUUAUUAAUGAGAAAGGAUUUUUUUAUAAAUAAACAAGAAUUUGACUUUUAAUUCUCUUUUACAACCCGGGCAAGGACAGAGCAAGAUGGCAGAACAAGACUGCAGCUGGUGACAUCUGCUGGAUUGAAUGUCACAACUUGGGUUACAUACAGACAGCAGCAGUGCAGGUUGGGACUUGCAUCUGGCUUGAAGGGGCCGUAUGUUCUCAUUUGGAGUUUGGGGCUGUCAGAAACAUCACCUUGAGUAGCUAUCCACACCGAGAAAUACUUCCACAAGAGAUAAGGAAACUCGAUAAGAAAUCGCAAUACCUAGUUAUAGCAAAAGAAAAACUGUAUCGAAAGGGUGAGGACAGCGUCCCUCCCCAAACCCUAGGCAGCACAACAGUGGAGAGAGGCCCUGAAAAGUAGAUGACUUUGCAUUGGUCACCAACACUGGGUCCAUGGCACUAGAACCCAGCAGCCUCUUGGCCCAACUCCAGACAGGUAAAUAUGCCUACCCUGCUGCCAAACAGGAACCCACGGUCCCUACAAGAUAGAGUCACAUUCCAGACUGCACACCUUGUAUCGUGUGCAGACCUCCCAUGCAGGUAGGGCUCUGCUGUGGGCUUCUGGUGCCUGUGCUACCCUUGCCAGCCCUGACACUAUCCCUAGUACUGUACCUGCAUAAGGCCAUAGGAUUCUAGCCAACAGUGAACCAGCUGUGAUGAUCUUGGGCUUAAGGCACCUGGUAGUGCUGCACUGACCCCUGACUUAGACCUGAAGAUGGCCUGAUAAGAGUGUCUGAAGGACAGUCUAAGAAAAGCCAGACUGGAGUGAGUGCCUAGACAGGUAUGCAUAUCCACAGGGUUAAGAAAACCAGGCAGGGGGCUGAACAGAUGACUCAGCAGCUAGGAGCUCCUGCAGAGGACCCGGUUCCCAGCACCCACAUGAUGGCUAACAACCACCUAUAAUUCCAGGGGAUCUGAUGCCCCCUUCUGGCCUCACCAGGCACUGCAUGCACAUAGUGCUUAUACACUUAGAUACAUACCAGAUAAAAAGAACCAGGGAAAUACAGUAUCACCAAAUAAGCUGAGUUGCCAGUGACUGACUCUAAGGAAAUGAAGAUCUAUGAACUGCCUGACAAUUCAAAAUAGCUAUUUAAAAAAAAUUCAUUGAGCUGGGUGUGGUGGCACAUGCCUUUAAUCCUAGCACUAGGGAGGCAGAGGCAGGCAGAUAUCUAAGUUCAAGGCCAGCCUGGUCUACAUAGUGAGUUCCAAGCCAGCUGGGGCUACAGAGAGACCCUGUCUCAAAAAGACCAAAAUUAAAAAAAAAAAAAAAAAGAAUGAAUGAAUUUCAUGAAAAACAUUGAUGAAUAUAAGAGAUUUAAGUUACUUACAAAUGAAAAUCCAAUGAACAGAAUAAAAAAUGCCAUAGAGCAUUGACAGAAGAAUCUUAUCAACUUGAAGAAUGUCUUAGAAACAGGAGAAACAAAUGAGAACGCUUGGGGGAUUCAUGGGAGAGCAUCAGAAGAGUUAAGCGUAGGAGAAACUGGCAGAGGGAAAGAGAAGGGUAGAGAUUACAGACCGGAAACUUUCCAAGCUGGAACAUAAACUAUCCAGGUACAGGAAGGUCACGGGUCUCUAGUGAUUUGAUCCAAGUAGGACUACCCGUGGACAUAGUAUCAGCUCAUCAAAGACAGAACCAUAGAUGCACCAAGAGAAAAGGAAGCAAAUCACAUUGGGAGGUAUUGCAUGCCUGGCAGUGGAUGUCUGCAGAAACCUGAAACACAGUCACAGUGGAAUGAUACGUUCAGAGCUCUGAAAAGAAAAAAAAACCAAAAACCUGCCAAGAACAGCGGACCCAGCGAAGCUGUCCUUCAGAGAUGGACAAAGACUUUCCCAAACCACAUGAGGUCAUUACUGUGAGACCUGCCUUAACAAAUAACAUUCAAAGGAAUCCUUCAACCUGAAAGAAAGGAUGCUAAUUGGCAAGGAGAGCACAACUCACUGAUACAGAAUACAGUCAAACGGAGCAUGCUCCAACAUUGUGAUGAAGACAUUAACUUUACUUCCUCUUUAGUAAAGUUAAAAUAGGCAUUAAAAACAGAAGUGGAGCUGAGCAGAUGCUCUGAGGUUAAGAGCACUGCCUGCUCUUGCAGGGGACUCAGAUUUGGUUCCCAGCACCCACACAGCAGCUCAAAACCAUCUGAAACUCCAGUUCUAGGAAAUCU